AUGCUGCAGUUUGGGUCUGAAUGCAUUAGGAGUGUGGUGGCCCCUUCUGACAAACGCCGCGCUCUUGUUAAGAGGCAGCAAUGGGCAGCAGCAAUAUGGCAGCAGCAGCAGCAGCAGCAGCAGCAGCAGCAGCAGCAGCAGCAGCAGCAGCAGCAGCAGCAGCAGCAGCAAAAUGCUGCUGCUGCUGCUGCUGCUGCUGCUGCUGGAGGGGGUGGAGGAGACGAUCCCAAUGUGCCGUCUUCUCAACCGAGCCUGACGGUCUUCAUUGGCGACUCGCUUGGAGACAUAGCUGCCUUUUUGCAUGCAGACAUUUCUAUUCUUGUUGGCUACGACCCCACAUCAAAAGUAAGUUUCUAG